AUGUUAGAAGACAACGAUGUUAACAUAGAAAGUGAACAAAUUGAAGAAGUUCUAAAUGACAGUGACAGUGAUAGCAGAGGUUUUAUAAACACUUCACACAUUCAUCCCGGAGGAAAUCCAUUUUCAUGUAGUAUUUGUAAUAAAAAAUUUAACACUAAAAGUAAUUUAAUUACACAUGAACGGAAUCACACUGGAAAGAAACCAUUUUCAUGUAAUGCCUGUGAUAAAACAUUUAAUGGACGGUUUCAUUUAGAUCAACAUAAACGAAUUCACAGUGGGGAGAAACCAUUUUCAUGUGAUGCUUGUAAUAAAACAUUUACACAACUUUGUAAUUUAGUUCGACAUAAAAAGUUACAUAGUGGAGAAAAUCCAUUUUCAUGUGAUAUUUGUAAUAAAACAUUUAAUACGAAAGGUAAUUUAGUUACUCAUGAACGAAUUCACACUGGAGAUAAACCAUUUUCAUGUGAUGCUUGUGAUAAAACAUUUACUCAACGUAAUAAUUUAAUUAUACAUAAACGAAUUCAUAGCGCAGAAAAUCCAUUUUCAUGUGAUAUUUGUAAUAAAAAAUUUAAGCAUAAACAUGUUUUAGUUGAGCAUGAACGAAUUCACACCGGGGAGAAACCAUUUUCAUGUGAUGCUUGUAAUAAAACAUUUACUCAACGUAAUAAUUUAGUUGCACAUAAACGAAUUCACACUGGUGAAAAGCCAUUUUCAUGUGAUGUUUGUGAUAAAACAUUUAAUUAUAAGAAUGUUUUAAUUAAACAUAGACGAACUCACACUGGUGAGAAACCAUUUUCAUGUGAUAUUUGUAAUAAAUCAUUUAAUGCACGAUUUUAUUUAGUUGCACAUAAACGAAUUCAUACUGGAGAGAAGCCAUUUUCAUGU